AGACAUGAAAUCUAUUGAUUUUAUCACUUGUAGUAACUUCUCAUUUAAGAAGAUAUUAAAGUUAGGUUUUCAAUCCAUCAGUCAUCUAGUCCAAAGUCAUCCCCAACAGAGGUAAACCCAUGAACAGUGGAGAUUGGAGACCAUGUAGUGUUCAACUAUAUAUAUAUCCACACUCAUCAUACAAAAAAAGUUUAAUUGAGUGUUUUUGUAGAGAUCAGCUCCAAUGGCUUCUUGUUCCACUGAUUAUUCAGCCAUUGUUUUUGCUUUAACGGCCAUUAUCAUUGUUCCAAUAUUUCUCUUCAUCUUUUUAGUAUAUCACAAUAUAAUUAUGAGAUAUUGGAAUUACCUUGCGACUGUUCCUUGGAAUUGGCCAAUCUUAGGUAUGACACCCACUGUUAUUGCUCAUAUCCACAGAGUUCAUGAUCGUCUUACUGAAGUCAUACAAGAAGUUGGUUCCACUUAUUUAUUCAAAGGCGUUUGGUUCUCAGGUAUGGACCUUCUUUUCACAGUUGACACUUCAAAUAUUAACCACAUUUUGAGUGUCAAUUUUGAACGUUACCCGAAAGGCCCUGAUUUCAAAUACAUUUUUGACAUUUUGGGAGACGGGAUUUUUAAUUCUGAUUCUGAUGUUUGGAGAGCGCUACGUAAAACCGCUUAUGCUUUGGUCCAUGAUCACAAAUAUCUUAAAUUCUUGGAGACAAUUACAUUAAAGAAAGUGAAAGAAGAGCUUGUUCCUAUUCUUCAAACUGUUUCUGAAAAUGGAUCUGUGUUGGAUUUUCAAGAUUUGUUUCAAAGACUCUCUUUUGAUGUAACUUGUAUGUUGGUAACUGGCUCUGACCUCCACAGUCUAUCUCUUGGAUUUCGUCAUCUUUUUUCCAAGGCUAUUGAUGAUGUUGAGGAAGUGAUUUUACUAAGACAUUUUUAUCCUAAGAAAUUAUGGGAACUUCAAAAGAAACUCCAAAUUGGUCAACCCGUGAAGUUGAAACAAGCUUGGGAAAUCAUAGAUGAAAACAUCUCCACAUUGAUAGCCUCCAAGAGGGAAAGCUUGAAAAAUCAAAUGAAAGAGAAAGAGGGUGGUGAUGACGACGAAGAAGGAGCUGAUUUGAUCACAUCAUAUAUUACAAAUAUGAAUAAAGAUGACAAAUUUUUAAGAGACACUGUAUUAAAUUUCAUGAUUGCAGGUAGAGAUGGCCUAAGUGCAACUCUCUCUUGGAUUUUCUUUUGUCUUUCAAAUAAUCCAAUCGUCGUGGAAAAGAUUAGAGAAGAGCUCAGAACAACGAUUCCAACGAGCGAACCUUGUGAUCAAUGGCGGAUAUUUUCGACUGAAGAGGUAGAUAAAUUAGUUUAUUUACAUGCAACGUUGUACGAAACUCUUAGAUUAUAUCCUCCACUGCCAUUUCAACAUAAGGUAUCCGUACACCAUGAUGUUCUCCCAAGUGGUCAUCACAUAAAACCCAAAACAAAGAUUUUGUUUUCAUUAUAUGCUUUAGGAAGAAUGAGUGAAGUAUGGGGAAAAGAUUGCUUCGAGUUUAAGCCAGAAAGAUGGAUUUCUGAAAAUGGAAAGAUCAAACAUGUGCCAUCUUAUAAAUUCUUGGCAUUCAAUGCUGGACCAAGAACUUGUUUAGGGAAACAAGUGGCUUUGAUUGGAGUUAAAAUAGUUGCAGCUGCCAUUAUUUAUAACUACAAUGUUAUUCAACAAUCAGGCCAUGAGGUUGUUCCAAGUUCCUCCAUUAUUCUUCAUAUGAAGCGUGGACUCAAGGUUAGGGUUACAAAGAGAUGGAUCACUUGAAGAAAUGAGAAUUCAAGAGGAUAAAGGAGUAUAAUAUUACAAGUUUCUAGCUUUGUUUAUUUUGGGUCAAAUUAAUAUAUGGUCGAGAAUAAAAUAAAAUUAAGGUAAAGAAUUGUGUAAUAUGUUUGUGUGUGAUAGUGUUUUUUCUUUUUACAUGGUGUAAAAUGUUGCCAUGUACUUAUGCUAAUUUAGACUAAUUAGUUCAAUUAGGUGAAAGUAUUAAUUAGUAAUAUAAUGCAUGUUGAAGCUUUUGCAUUUUUGGUUUUAAAUGUAGUAGUUUUAAAUUUCAAGAAAAUUAGAGAUACAUUAUGAAGUAUGAAGUAUGAUUGGAUAUUCGAUAUCCAACUAUAUAAUCA